GUUGCUUCUUUGGAGCAUGUUCGUCGUUUGGGCAAUCGAGUAGCUCAUGAUCUUGCUAUGCUGUCUCGAGAUCCUUUCCCUGUUGAUCAGGAGCUGUUUUCACUUCCCCCACACAUUUCUGCUUCUGCUACUUUGGAUGCCAUGGUUCUUUCUUCGUAGUUUUUGUUUUGUUUUGUUGUUGGUUUGUUUUGGAUUGUUGGGGUUUUCUCGUUGUGUUUGUCUUGUUGUUGUUUCUUUUGCCGGGCUAAAAAAGAAAAAAAAAAUAAAGAAAGAAAGAGGUUAAUCAGUAACUUAUAUAUAUAUAUAUAUAUAUAUAUAAUAAGUAAAAUGUUCUGUUAUAAAGUCGAAAUAAAUAAAUAAAAUAAAAUAAAAGCUCGUAAAAAGUAGAAAGUUUGUAGGGUUGAAUUGGCCCAUCUUGGGCGAAUUCAUUAAAGCUUAAAAUUGGUGAUGGUGAGUGAAGUCCGUGGAUGGGGGUUAGAGGUUCGGAGGUCACAACGGUCGGAAGCAUCAAUCUCAGCGGUGGCGAGUCGACCCCAAACCAACUGGAACUCAUCAAUACCGAGCCUCUCAAAUCACAAAUUUGAAAUGGAUACAAACUACUGGUUAUGGCUCUCUUGUCUGAUCAUCACACUUGCUGCAAUUCUCCUCCCCUUUCUUGUGUUCAUUAAGAAGAAGACCAGGAACACUUCAUUACCACCUUUGAACAAUUCUUCAUUGUCCACCUCUCCACCUGUAGGAUGGGACUAUGAAGUGUUCUUGAGUUUCAGAGGUGAAGACACUCGUAAAACCUUCACUGACUACCUCUACACCGACCUUGUGGACUCAGGAAUUCGCACGUUUAGAGACAACAAUGAGCUUCGCAUUGGAGAGAAGAUAGGUGAUGAGCUUCUCAAGGCAAUACGACAAUCAAAGAUAUCCAUCCCGGUCUUUUCCAAAGACUAUGCUUCAAGUAAGUGGUGCUUGCUUGAGCUCACCACAAUGGUUGAGUGUAAGAGGACAUCGGGGCAAAUCAUAAAACCCAUUUUCUACGACGUUGAACCGUCCGACGUACGAAAGCAGAUGGGCAGUUACAAAAAGGCCUUCCGGGAACACAAGAAGCAUUUUGAUAGUGCUACUGUGGAGGGGUGGAAGGAAGCCUUGAGGGAAGUUGGGGAAUUGAAGGGAUGGGAAGUGAAGAAUGUUGCUGAUGGGCACCAAGGAGAACUGGUAAAGAGGGUUGUUUCAGAGGUUUGGGGAGAGCUGAAAAGGAACUCAUUGGUUGUAAAUGAUUGCUUAGUUGGAAUUGAUGAUCAUGUAGAAGAAAUGAUGAAAUUGUUGAGUGUUCAUUCCAGUGAUGUAAGGAUUGUGGGAAUCCAUGGCAUGGGAGGAAUUGGCAAGACCACUAUAGCCAAGGCCAUUUACAACCAACUCUCCCAACACUUUGAAUCAUGUUGUUUCCUUCCAGAUGUAAGAGAAACAGCACAACAACACAAUGGUCUUGUUCAUUUGCAAAACCAACUUAUAUCUAACAUCUUAAAACGAAGAUGCGUUGACAUUAGUACUAUGGAUGAAGGUAUUAAUGUAAUCAAAGUUAGAUUUUCUGGGAAGAAAGUUCUUGUUGUCAUUGAUGAUGCGGAUCAAAGAAUUCAUCUUCAUGCACUGGUGGGAAAGUGUGAUUGGUUUGGUUCAGGAAGUAGGAUAAUUGUCACAACAAGAAACAAAGAUAUUCUAAAUCUGCCUGAGGUAGAUUGUAGGACUUACGAACCAGAGGAAUUGGAUUAUAAUCAAUCUCUUCGACUUUUCAGCAGACAUGCUUUUAGAAGGGACAAUCCCCCAGAAGACUAUGAUAUUCUCUCUAGAGAUGUUGUGUCCACUACCGGAGGGUUGCCUUUGGCUCUCGAGAUUAUUGGUUCUUUUUUAUCUGGCAAGAGAAAAGCGGUGUGGAAUGAGACAUUGAAGAAGUUGACGAGAAUACCGGAUGGACAAGUGCAGAAGAAGCUGAGAAUAAGUUUCGAAGCAUUAGAAUAUGAACAACAACAGAUAUUUCUCGAUAUAGCAUGUUUUUUAAUUGGAGCGGAUAGAAGAUUUGCUUUCCACAUGUGGGAUGACUGCAAAUUUUAUCCGGAAAUUGGGAUUGAAGUUCUUAUUCUCACGUCCUUGGUGAAAAUUGGAGAUGACAAUGAGCUAAGGAUGCAUGAUCAACUUAGAGACCUCGGUAGGGAUAUUGUCCGUCAAGAAAAUUUUAAGGAGCCACAGGAGCGUAGUAGGGUGUGGUUUCAUGAGGAAGCCUAUGAAAUAUUGGAGAGUCAUUCGGGAACAAGAAAGAUUGAAGCUCUUUGUGUUAACUUUCGAUCAGUGUCACAGGCAUGCUGUUUUACAAAUGAAGAAUUUGGAGGCCUAUCUAAUCUAAGGUUCCUUCAAAUGGACUAUGCAAACCAGCUGGAUGGAGAUUUUAAGGGUCUUCUUUCAAAGUUAAGGUGGCUUCACUGGAAUGGAUGCCCUGAAAUCUUUAAACCAACCAAUUUUCAUCUAAAGAAUUUGGUCAUUCUUGAUUUAUCAUGGAGCAAGGUCACAGAAGCCUGGGAGGGUUGGAAUCAUAUCAAGAUUGCAAGAAAGUUGAAAGUUUUAAAUCUCACAGGUUGCAUUUACAUGGUUAGAACUCCUGACUUCUCCGCAUAUGCAUCUUUAGAAAGAUUGAUUCUUGAAGGAUGUGUGAGUUUGGUUCAUAUUGACCCAUCAAUUGAGUAUCUCAAGAGUCUAGUUUUCUUAAAUGUGCAGAAUUGCCGUGAACUCAACAGGCUGCCUCUUGAAUUUGAUUCUGUGGAAGCUUUAAUGAGGCUCCUCAUCGACGGUACUUCUAUACAAGAAGUCCCUAUUGGUAGAGGUGUUAUGAACAAGCUUGAAACUCUUAGUGCUACUCGUUGUAAGUCAUUGAGUCAAAUUUUUACCCCAGCCGGUCAUCUAAAAUCUCUGUCGGACCUUAAACUUGACGAAUCAGGUAUCACUGAACUACCAGACUCAAUUUGUUCGCUAGUGAAAUUGCAACGCUUGUCACUAAGGCGCUGUAAAUUACAAGAACUUCCAAUUUCCAUUGGGAAAUUAGAAUCAUUAAUUGAGCUGCGCUUGUCAGGAACAAAUAUUACCGAAUUACCUGAUUCCAUUGGCAACCUAAAGCAUUUGAGAAUUCUUGAGAUUAACGAAUCUUCGAUUGUGAAGUUACCUAGUGCCAUCGGAAUGUUAUUGAAACUUGAAGAGUUAGAUGCCUCGAGUUGUUAUGAUUUGGAAGGCGAAUUUCCCAGUAAUAUUGAGAGACUAUCCUCUUUGAGAAUCUUAAAACUAAGUUGGACAGAUAUCUGUAGCCUACCAACAAGCAUUUGUGGGCUCUCUCACCUCCAAACCCUUGAUUUAGAGUGUUGCCUACAGCUUCAGUUUCUGCCAGAGCUUCCCUGUAGUCUAGUGAGUCUAAAAGUCACUUGCAUGUCAAUGGAGACAUUUCUAAACAUUCCUAGCCUGAUUAACCUAAAGGAGUUGCGCCUUUCUGACUGCUAUAAGCUGUUGAAAAUUCCUGAAGAUAUUGGGAAGUUAGUCAAACUGGAGAACUUGACCUUGGAAGGUAUUAGCAUUAGCAUCCUGCCCAUGGAGCUUGGUGGCCUUUCUCGGCUUAAGGAACUCAUUUUUAUAAAAUGUGAACAACUUCAAUACCUUCCAACUCUUCCCUCAAGUCUAGUCAUACUGUGCCUUGAACGUUGUAGAUCAAUGAAGAGUUUUCCAGAUCUGUCAAAUUUGAAAAAUUUAUCGGAACUAGUGCUUAAUCACCUGUCAGAGUUGACGGAGAUUCAAGGCCUUGGAAGAUUAGAACUCCUAAUAAAGUUGAAUGUAUAUGAGUGCAAACAGUUAUGUACGCUUGAAGGGCUCGAACAGCUAAGAUCUUUAAGAUACUUGACCACAUCACAGUGCGAAUCACUAGAAGCAUUACCAGAUCUUUCGAACUUAAAGAAAUUAAGGAAAUUAGAUGCUUCACAUUGCAAGAAUCUGAAUGAAAUUAGGGGCCUUGACAGAUUGGAAUCCUUGGAAGAUUUGGAUAUGAGUUGGUGUAUAUCCUUGGAAAAAUUGCCUGAUCUAUCGAAUUUGGAAAUGCUGGAAAUAUUAAAGCUCGCCGGGUGCCAGAAGCUACAUGAUAUUGAGGGUCUUGAGGCUUUGAAAUCCUUGCAGAUGCUGGACUUGUCAUCAUGCACGGCCUUGAAGAGGAUACCUGAGCUGUCGAGACUGACAAAUAUAAAGGAAUUGAGACUUUGUAAUUUUGAGAAACUUAGUGAGAUAUGGGGAAUUGAAGAACUGAAAUUCUUAAGCUUGUUGGACUUGUCAUCGUGCACGGCCUUGGAGAGGUCACCUGAUCUAUCGAGACUAACAAAUUUAAGGAAAUUACAACUUUGUAAUUGUGAGAAGCUUAGUGAGAUUCGGGGACUUGAAAAACUGAAAUUCUUGGGAAACUUGAACAUUUCUGGAUGCAAGUCACUAGGAAAAUUACCCGACAUUCCAAACUUCUGUAGAGUCGAGCGUUGAGAGCAAAAUUGGAGGAUUUCAGAUUUUAUUGUUAAACAUGAAACCUGAUGGCAUGGUAAUUGAUGAAACAUCCAUUUCAGUUAUCAAUUGUCAGUGCAGAACUAUCGUAUUUAGGCAGUUGAAAUCGAGGUGGUGUGGGGCUGGCAGCUUUGGGAAGCUAAAGUAUCUCAAGAGAUGAACAUUUCACUUCUAAAGGAAGCUACUAAAAUGGUGUAAUUCCAAGUUUAAAUGGAAAUGGGGCCUUUUAACUUUUAAGGCAUCGGACCCGAUGGCCUAACCCCUAUAUUUUACCAAAGACACUGGGACAUUUUAAAGGGGAUAUUACUCAAGCUUUCAAUGAAUUCCUACAGUCGGGGAAGUUGUUCAAAAGCUUAAAUCGCACAAACAUUGAACUGGUUCCAAAAGUCAAGUGCCCAACUAAGGGAUCAAUUCCUCAUGUCAGUGGCAAUUUACAAUUGAAAUCAGGAAUGGGAGACAGUUCCUAAUGCUCAUAUUAAAGCUGAAUUUUUUUCAGAGAGAUAUAUGUUAACAAUGGUUAUAUAUACCCAACAAGUCCUCAAUUCUGGUUUGAGAGCUGGGAAGGACCAUGCUUCAAGUCAUCGUAUAUGCUAGGAGAUUCUGGUAUGCAUGAUUUGAUGGAUAGUGCAAGUCUUGCUGGAGAGGAUACUUGAUAUACUGGAAUGCAUGGAGAUAAAAGGUUAGUUCGAAAUUUCGGGCAAGUGGUUCUCCCUUUACAAGCCUGAAGAAGGUGGACAUGGAAGGAGAUGAAUAAAAGAAGCAACAGAUGCCACCUGCUGGUGUCAUGACAAGGCUCAUUCUAAUCAUGAUUUCGAGGAAGCUCAUAAAAAAUCCCAACACCUAAUUAAGCCUUUUGGGACUGAUUUGGUCUCUAAUAUCAUUCAGUUAACAUAGUGUCAUUUCGAUAUAAGUCUCAAGCUGGAAUUGGCACAAUAUCGGGAAGAUUGCUCAAUUUGGGUGAGAUUGAUCAUAGAACUCUAAAUGAAUGCUUGUUUUCAUUUCCUAAUGGCUAUGCUAUGGUUGAGUGGUAUUUUUGGUUGCUUAACCAAUUUUAAUUUCGUUUCCUAGAUUUGGUUGCUGUUACUGUCUUGAUUGUUGAAGCUGUGAGGGUUGGGUGCUGCCUGUCCACUCUGUGUUGGUGUCAUUUGACUUGUCCUGCUCUUCACUUGACUUAUUCUUUGGUGUCACUUGGAUGGUGCCUUUUAGUUAAUUGCCUUUUGUGUUGUAACCGGAUGAUGUUGUUGCUCUUCAUUUGUAUUCUGCUAAUUUAGCAGAUCUGAUGUAUACUAUACUAUUGUGCUACUUCACAGUUGUAUAUAUAUUGACUGAAAUUAUACAAGACAGUUGUCAUUGUUCAUGUCAAAUGGAGUUAAUUCAAUAUUUUAUUCAA